GGAGCAUACCAGCUUUUGGUGUGUCAAUUAAUGUCACUCUAUAAUUGCUUAAGAAAGGGCACUUCUUCUUUGCGAUGCUUAUUCAUGGCUGAAAAUAUAUCAUUGUUUCAACUUAAAAGAGAUAUCAAAGCAUUAUAUAUUUGAGAUCGAUACACUCUUUCACUCAGAUUUAAUUCCCUCUAAGCGUCCAUGGCUUCACAUAACCCAGCGGUGAAGAUACUAGAGACAGUCCGAGUUAGCCCUUUUACCAAUUCUCCCACUCAUUUCUCUCUUACUCUCACUUCCCUUGACGCUAUGGUGUUAAAAUUUCCUCCCGUGGAGACUCUGCUCUUUUAUCAACUCACUGCCUCAACCCUUCUUCGCUUCAACUCAGAAAUCCUUCCCAAACUCAUACAUUCACUCUCUCUCACCCUUCAACACUAUCUCCCUCUCGCUGGAAAGCUCACAUGGCCUCCACAUGCUCACCUACCUAUCAUCUCCUACGCACCCCAUGACGCUGUUUCUUUUCUUGUCGCUGAAGCUAACUUAGACUUUAACCGUCUCUCAGCCGAUGAUAUUCGUGAGUCUCCCGAGUCACGUUGUUUAGUACCAGAGUUGUUGUCAUCUGACGAGGUUGCAUCAAUCAUGGCUCUACAAAUAACCUUGUUUCCUAAUCAAGGGUUUUGCAUUGGCAUCACUACACACCAUGCAGUUGUGGACGGCAGCACUGCAAUCGCUUUCAUGAAAUCCUGGGCUUAUCUAUGCACGCAACUGGUAGUGGGCAAACAACACCCUUCUUUGUUGCCUGAACUGAUCCCAUUCUUUGAUCGGAGGGUUCUCGAGGACCUAACUGGAUUCAAGGCGUCUAAUAUUUUUGAAUUCAAACAACGAAGCUUGAAGUUGAAAGACGAUUUAGGAGUGAAGAACAACUCAGUUCGAGCCACGCUGAAGCUGAGUCAUGAAGAUAUAAAGAACCUUAAAGAAAAGAUAUUGUCAAAACUGCAAGAAAAAAUACCCACCAAACAGCUGAAUUUAUCCACUUUUGUGGUAACAUAUGCAUAUGUUUUAGUUUGUCUCGUGAAAGCAAGACAGAUGGAAGAUAACAAAAACGUCAACUUUUUAUUUCAAGUGGAUUGCAGAAGUCGUCUCGAUCCUCUGCUUCUUGCAAAUUACUUCGGCAACUGUAUUCUUGCUCGCGACGCAUCCGUGAAAGCCAGUGUUUUCAAGGAGGAAAACGGGGUUACAAAUAUCGCGGAGAAAAUCAAUGACAUGGUAAGAGAUAUUAGUGAGAAAGGACCCCUUGACGGUGUGGUGGAUCGUUGCAAAAGGAUACAAAAUAUUGUGGAAGCAGGGGAAGAGUUCAUAAGGAUUGGUGGGUCGACCCGAUUCAAGUUUUAUGGAGUUGAUUACGGGUGGGGAAAACCAAAGAAAGUAGAGAUAAUAUCUAUUGAUAAAACUGGAGCAUUUACUAUGUUGGAGACUGGAGAUGGAAAUGGCGUUGAAAUUGGAAAGGUAUUGAGUAGGCAUGAAAUGGAGACUUUCAAGUCCCUGUUAGUUUCUGGUUUACAGGAUCCUUGAAGUCGACUGUAACAUUGCACUGUUCCUCCAUUUCAUUUUUAUAUUUUAAUUAAUGUUAUAAUAAGUUGGACGUCUCCUAGGCCUCUCCGGCCCGACCCAUUCUAAAAAUGCAAGGCUCAACAAUAAUAUGAUCUACAUUCGUAUA